GCAGCCUUAUCUGUCUGCUGCAGGGGCUGAUGGGAGAUGUGAGGAGCUGUUAGAAACCACGUGGCCCUCGUCUGAUCUCACAGCUCGUCCUUGUUUGGCCUCAGCUGCAUCAGAGCGCCACUUCUCCCCAGGUUCACCAGAGGAAACACCACUGAACUAAAUGCUUUUCCUCCCAGCUGCUGCUCUGUGCUGUCUGUGUUCAGCGCUGGCUGCCAUGGCAACACAGCUGAUUCAGGAGGAUUUAACAUUGACCAGGAGAGUUGGUGGAGACGUCUCCUUCAGCUGUCGAGGCACUGAGCAGUGUGACAAUACUUAUGAUUAUGUAUACUGGUACCAGAAGAGAGACAAAGAAACAUUCACAAGGAUUCUGUAUAUUAGGAGGAAUACUGGUGUCAUAGAGAAGGAGAGAUACAAUCAUCCUCAGAAAGAUGAUUUCUCAGCUGUGAAUGAUCAGAACGUCUGUGAGUUGCAGAUCCAGAAGGUUAAACCCGAUCAUUCAGCCACCUACUACUGCUCCUGUGAGAAGGCAGGUAAACGGUACUUGAUCUUUGGCUCUGGAACUAAACUGUUUGUAUCAGAUGAGCCGGUAGUGAAGCCCGUGGUGAGCGUGUACCCAGCAGCAUCCAGAGCCCACCUGGAGGGGAAGAGCUCCCUGCUGUGUCUGGCCUCAGCCAUGUUUCCUCCUCUGGUCCAGUUCUCCUGGAAAAGACGAAAGGAGAAUGGUCCUCUGGAGGAGCUGUCCUCUACUGAGGGAGAGCAGCUGGAGAUCAGAGAGUCAGGACACACCGCCUCCAUCUUGCUGAUUAAUCAGCAAAAGAACAGCAAAUAUAAAUACCGCUGUGACGUCCUACAUGAGGGGGGGACAGUGGUGGCCCAAACAGAACAAGAGGUUUCUACUCUUCCACCACUGUCUCAGUACCAAGUGAAGUUGUUCUGUCUGCUGUACACCCAGCUGAUAGUGAAGAGUCUGGUGUACUGCUGUGGACUCUCUCUGCUGAUGAUCCUCAGAAACAAGGGACCGUCCACCAGCUGCACACAUGCUGACUGACUGUUUUCUGUGUGCUGCAGCUUUGUCAAUUUUUCAGUAUAACAUUCUUUG